ACGCCUUGCGGCGCAGAUGACGUCAGGUCAGCUGAUUAUCGUCGGAAGAGGAAAGAUGUCGCUCGGAAGGUUUCCAAGGAUGAAGGCUGUAUCUGCCGCUGUGUUGGUCUCUCUCUUCGUUAUAAUUGCUGGCGUCAACGGGGAUAGCCUAACCAUCCUGCAGUCUCCGGAUUAUGUGUCCUUCCAGAAAGGAGACUGGCCAAUCUCUGGCGAGAAGAUCCCAGACCUGGUGGCCCUAACCAUGGGUUUCUCUGUCAAGGAGGAUCUGUCUUGGCCAGGCCUGAAGGCUGGUCCGUUGUUCCAGAGACCCAGGGCUAACGUGCUGGUGGUGGUGAGGGGGGCCGACAGCCUGGCCCUGCCUCAGAGCGUGGCCUCCUAUCCCUUGGAGAACCCGGUGCCCUUUACUCUGGAUAGCGUCGCCGAGACGGUCCACUCCCUGUUCGCCGAGGACACCCCGGUGGUUCUGCAGCUGGCACCCAGCGAGGAGAGGCUGUACAUGCUCGGCAAGGCGAACGCUGUGUUCGAGGAGCUGCCAGUCACCCUGCAGCAGAUCCGUGCACGCUUGUCCCAGGACGGCUCCGUGCUCGCCUCCCUGCCACUCAACUCCCUCAGCCGCAACGCAGAGGCUGAUCUGCUCUUCCUGUCCGAGGUCCAAGUGCUGCAUGACAUCACUGCUCUGCUGCAGAGGCACAGGCACCUGGCCAAGGACCAUUCCCCCGACCUGUACUCGCUGGAGCUUUCCGGCCUGGAGGAACUGAUCCGCCGCUACGGAGCCGACUCCCAGCAGUAUCGGGACGCCACUGCCAUCCUGGCCUCCGUCCUUAUCAAGUUUGCAGAGGACGUCUACGGUCUCUAUGGUAACAGCGCUGUGGUGGAGGUUGUCACUGUGAAAAGGUUUGAGGCUCCCUUGACCAGGAAGUCUCGCUCCAUUUUGGAGUCCAAGCAGAUUGGUAACCCAGACAGCCCGUUCAACCUGGCCUACAAAUAUAACCUCAACUACGCCGUGGUGUUCAACAUCGUGCUGUGGCUGAUGAUCGCCCUGGCGCUGGCUGUUAUCGCCACCUCCUAUGUCAUGUGGAACAUGGACCCCGGCUACGACAGCAUCAUCUACCGCAUGACCAAUCAGAAGAUCCGGAUGGACUGAGUCCAGAAAUAUCCCCACCCCAGCCGUCCAUUUAGAUCCCUCUUGUGAAGAUCUGUUGUUUGUGUUUAGUGUUUUCAUUUAUUUUGUGUGAACUGUGCAGGGUUGAUUAUUGGGGAUGGGGUGGGAGCCACUCGUACUGGUUACUUGCUAUUAUGGUUUAUUAACUAAUACAAAGCAGAGCUAGAAACAUCUCUCUUAAUUGUUGGAAGGAAAAGAGCAGAGGAACUGGCAUUGACUGUUGGCCAAUGCCGGGAUCUCAUCCAAAGGGACAGUCCCUUGAUGAAGCUCUUGAUUAAUUGGCCUUGAUUUAGCAUUCAUUAGAUCUAAGAUUCCAAGUUUUAUGGGUUGAAGAAUUUAUCUGUAUUCCUGCAGCUGGUGCAUGAAGCUACUGCCUUGCUUGUAGUCAUUCAGACAGUGAGCCGUCGUCUUUUGUAGUUUCAUCAUUCAGUCCAGCUGCUAACAUCAUUCCUAACACAAUUCACUAGUCAUGUUUACCUUUACCUGGUGUCUGCUGUUAUUGGGUUAAAAAACCCUGAUUACUAUUAUAGUAUUCUGAAAGUAUGAUUUGGAUUGUACGAAUGUGUUUGUUAUUUUGUGCUUGUUAUGCUGUACGAAGCUAUUUUAAGUUAAAUUAAAUCUUGUGUAUAUAUUGAAAUGUAUAACUGUAAGGCACUGGUGUGUUGUUCAUGUGAAAAGAAUUAUAGAUCUAACAAUACAUGUUGAAGUUCCCCAAUAAGUCAACAUUAUUGAACUCGGUGUAAAUUGGACAAGGAAAAAUUAUGUGUAAAUGGCGAAAGUAAUAAAUUAUUACAAACAUACCAAUA